CUGGACUCUGGAGUAGCGCUGUUAAGGAAAAAGGAUGUCAUGCAGCAGCGUCCCGCCGUACAACAAUGUCCCGACGCGGCGGCGACUUUUAAAUUCCGAUCGUGAUCCAAAGACCAUUGAGUGGGGAAGACUCCCAGAGGCAUUGAAAUAUAGAGAGGGCCCACAUUCAGAGCUCAUAAGUCAAGGACCCUAUCAUCCGACUCGCAUCCUUUUUCUCGAGAUCCCACCACCAGAACUCUACUCCACAUAAUUCUACCACCAUGGCUGACCGUCUGAAGCAACUCUACCAGCAUAUCUCUCAGACCACUACACCUCCUCAUCCUUUCGACCCUCUGUCGUCGGUUGAAAUCGAGUACGCCAUUGCUCUUGUUCGCAGGGAUCAUGGCAAGCUCGGAUAUAAUGCUAUCACUCUCUCAGAGCCGAAGAAGAAGGAGAUGAUUGCGUGGUUGGCAGAUCCGUCUCUCCCGCGACCGCGGCGGAUGGCGGAAAUCGUUGCGGUCGACAAGGACUCAGCACUCUAUGAUGGUGUGGCCGACCUCAAGGACGGAAAGAUCGUGAGCUGGGAGAAGUUGGCCGGAGUGCAACCACUGAUCACAAUGGAGGACCUCCAAGACACGGAGAGGGUAGUACGGGAGGAUCCGAAAGUGAUUGAGCAAUGCAGAAUAUUGGGCAUCGAUGAUAUGUCCAAAGUCUACUGUGACCCAUGGACGAUCGGAUAUGAUGAACGUUUCGGCAGUGAUGUCCGCCUUCAGCAGGCGCUCAUGUACUACAGGCCGCACGUGGACGACAUGCAAUAUGCAUUCCCUCUGGACUUCUGCCCGAUCGUCAACACGGCGACCGGUGAAAUCAUCCACAUUGACAUCCCGUCCGUCCGACGGCCCGUCAACACCUUUGCUAGCAACUACAUGCCACCGGACAUCGAGAAGAUUGGUGGGUACCGCACGGAUAUCAAGCCACUAAACAUCACGCAGCCAGAUGGUGUAUCCUUUACCAUGAAUGGACGCGAGAUCAACUGGCAAAACUUCAACAUGCACAUCGGCUUUAAUUACAAGGAGGGCAUCGUUUUGAACAACAUCUCUUUCAAUGACCGUGGAAAUGUCCGCCCUCUUUUCUACCGUCUUUCGCUGGCUGAGAUGGUUGUCCCUUAUGGAAACCCCGAGCAUCCCCAUCAACGCAAGCACGCAUUCGAUUUGGGCGAAUACGGUGGUGGUUACAUGACAAAUUCACUCUCGCUUGGUUGCGACUGCAAAGGUGUUAUCCACUACCUGGAUGCUGAGUUUUGCAAUCGUGCCGGUGCUCCCGUGACUAUAAAGAAUGCUAUAUGCAUCCACGAAGAGGACGCGGGUAUCCUCUUCAAGCACACCGACUUCCGCGAUGGUUCCACCAUUGUGACCCGUGGCCGCAAGCUUGUUAUCUCCCAGAUUUUCACCGCCGCCAACUACGAAUAUUGUGUCUAUUGGAUCAUGCACCAAGAUGGAACCAUUCAACUGGAGAUCAAGCUCACCGGUAUCCUAAACACCUACGCAAUGGCCCCCGGCGAAGACACCCACGGAUGGGGAACCGAGGUGCACCCCGGUGUCAAUGCCCACAACCACCAACAUCUCUUCUGUCUCCGUAUCGAUCCCCAGAUAGACGGCCAGAAGAAUACCGUCUUCCAAGUCGACGCAGUACCGGGCGAAGCCGAAGUUGGAUCGAAGGAGAACUUCUACGGCAACGCCUUCUACGCCAAAAAGACACCCUACAAGACGGUCGCAGAGUCCCAGGUUAAUUACAACGGAGCUACAUCUCGCACCUGGGAUAUCUCCAAUACCAGCAAGCUGCAUCCCUACUCCAAAAAACCAGCCACCUACAAACUUGUCUCACGCGAGAUUCCGGGUCUCCUCCCCAAGCCCGGCAGUUUGGUCUGGAAGCGGGCCGGCUUCGCUAGACACGCGGUUCAAGUCACCAAAUACCAGGACGGCCAACUGCACCCAGCCGGGCGCCACGUACCUCAAACAUCUGGCGAACCAUCCCUAGGUCUUCCUGAAUGGGUCGGCGAUGGAAACGACAAAAUAGAGGAUGAGGACAUCGUGCUAUGGCACACAUUUGGCCUCACGCACUUUCCCGCGCCCGAAGAUUUCCCCGUCAUGCCAGCUGAGCCCAUGAGCUUGCUGCUCCGUCCCAGACAUUUCUUUCUGCGCAAUCCUGUGCUGGAUGUACCGCCUAGUUAUGCUAGCACGCCUAGCCAGGUGGCGGCUGGGAAGGGUAUCACAGAUUUGGCGGAUAAGUCGAGUAAAUUGGCAUUUAGGGCUGCCUUGGAGACUGAAGCUUGCUGCAAGAAGUAAGGAGACGAGUAAGGGGGUGGAGGUUGCGAUUCGAGCUUGUGGAUUCAAGAUGAGUGGUUUUAUCUUUUGCGAUUUUCUUGUUUCAUUGUGUAUUACUCUG